GUCGUCCGCCACUCGCAACCUCCCACGCCCCCGCGCCCACCCGGUACACGUACUCCCCAACCCAGCACCAACCCUCCUCGUCACCACUCUCUCUUUACUUUCCCUCGCGCGCGCUCUCUCUCCCUCUUUCUCCAUUGCUGGCCCCUUGAUUCGCGCGCAGGAGGCCACGGCUCGCGCUCUCCCUUGCUGAUACGGCGGUUGGCUGCUCAGGCGCGUGGUGCGGCGACCGUUGGUUUAGUUUUGGGGCUGUUACUGCCGUGAGGUUGUGAUGGCGGCAACGGUGUUCGCCGGGGAGGGGGCCGCCGCGCGCGGCGGGUGCUCGGCGGAAUGCGCCGGCGGGAUCGAGAGGCCUCCGGAUCUCGGGAGCAGGGCGCGCGCCGCGGGGGACGGGUGCGCUAAGAGGAGCGUGUACCUCAUGGAGUGCGUGCCGCUGUGGGGCUGCGCCGCGGCGCGCGGCCGCGCCGCGGAGAUGGAGGACGCGUGCGCCGCCGUGCCGCGCUUCGCCGCCCUGCCGGCGCGGAUGCUCGCGAGCAGCCGCGAGCUGGACGGGAUCGGGGGCGACUUCGACGCCUCCGAGCUCCGGCUUCCGGCGCACCUGUUCGGCGUGUACGAUGGACACGGCGGCUCGGAGGUCGCAAACUACUGCCGGGAUAAGAUCCACGUCGUGCUAAGAGAGGUGCUGAGAGCUGGCAGGGGGUUGGGGGAAUUGGGGGAGGUGGACGUGAAGGAACCAUGGGAGAAGGUUUUCGGUGAUUGUUUCCAGAAGGUAGACGACGAGGUGUCGGGGAAAGCGAGCAGGCUUUCCAAUGGCCGUCCGGAGCCUAUUGCCGCUGAUAACGUGGGUUCCACCGCCGUUGUUGCGAUUGUCUGCUCUUCUCAUGUCAUAACUGCGAAUUGCGGAGAUUCACGCGUGGUCCUCUGCCGUGGGAAGGAGCCGAUUGCUCUGUCCGUCGAUCACAAACCUGAUAGGAAAGAUGAGCGUGCCAGGAUUGAGGCCGCAGGUGGAAAGGUCAUUGACUGGAAUGGUUAUCGUGUCUCUGGUAUUCUCGCAAUGUCACGGUCAAUCGGUGACCGAUACUUGAAACCAUUUCUGAUUCCAAAGCCAGAAGUCAGCAUUGUUGCUCGGGCAAAAGAUGACGACUGCCUCAUUCUAGCAAGCGAUGGUCUCUGGGAUGUCAUGUCAAAUGAGGACGCAUGCAAAGUUGCCCGGCGACAGAUCCUUCUGUGGUACAAGAAUAAUAACGACGGUGCGAAUUCUGAUGGAGGCAGCGAACCUACUAUGAACCCUGCUGCAAAAGCAGCCGCUGAUUGUCUCGUGAGGCUAGCGCUGUCGAAAGGGAGCGGGGACAACAUUAGUGUCAUUGUUAUUGACCUGAAAUCAAGAAAGAAGCCCAAGGGCAAAUCAUAACAUGUCCAUAAUCCACCUGACUAGCUGACCGUGUCUGCGACCGGAGUUUCGUCCGCUAGUCUGCUUUCCUUGCAAGAACGGCACGCCUACUUUUUGUUUCUUCAGUCGUCUGCAAGAGCUGUAUGUGUAUAUGCUAAUAGGUCUACUUCCGAUAAUCUGAUGUCUGGGGUGUGUGUUGGCGUGUUUCGGUAUACCCCCUUAGCCUUUUGGUUUCGGGCUGUUCACAUUUGAUUCUCAUCAGGUUCAGAACAGCCAUGUAAAUGUAGUGGUGUCUGCAUAAUAAUUGAGCCUUGUAAAGGACUGAGCAGCUGA